CAUGAUAACAAAUUCCGAAGGGCCGCACGGUGGUGGGAGUUGUCAUUGUUGGGAUUGUUCUAUUGUGCCAGGAGGCGCCACGAGGUUGGGGCUCGGUCACUGCCUUGACCGGCGGUCCGAUGGCGCUUAUCCGGAGCAUGUGGGGCGUGCUGAGCGCCCUGGGGAGGUCCGGAGCGGAGCUGUGCGCUGGCUGUGGAAGUCGACUGCGCUUACCCUUCAGUUUUGUGUAUGUACAGAAAUGGUUUUCAUCCGCCUUGGCUAGUUAUCCAAAGAAACCUAUGACUUCAUACCUUCGAUUUUCUCAAGAACAGCUACCCAUAUAUAAAGCUCGGAACCCAGAUGCGAAAAAUACAGAACUAAUUAAAAAAAUUGCUGAAGUAUGGAGGGACCUUCCUGAUUCAGAGAAAAAAAUAUAUGAAGAUGCUUACAGGGCAGACUGGGAGGCAUACAAAGAAGAGGUAAACAGAAUUCAAGAACAACUAACUCCAAGCCAGGUGCUAUCUUUGGAAAAAGAAAUCAUGCAAAAACGUUUAAAAAAGAAAUCAAUAAUAAAAAAGAGAGAGUUAACAAUGCUUGGAAAACCAAAAAGACCUCGCUCAGCUUAUAACAUUUUUGUAGCAGAAAGGUUCCAAGAAGCUAAGGAUAGUUCAUCACAGGCAAAGCUGAAGAGUAUAAAUGAAAACUGGAAAAAUCUGUCUAGUUCUGAAAAGCAAGUAUAUUUUCAACUUGCUAAAGAUGAUAAAAUUCGUUAUCAUAAUGAAAUAAAAUCUUGGGAAGAACAAAUGAUUGAAGUUGGACGAGCUGAUCUUGUACGUCGCCACGUAAAGCACCUGCCAAAAGGUGGCACUGAGAAGUUUUAAAGUAGAAGAUUGAGUUGUGUUCGUGAUGGAUAGACACAAGAAACCAAUUAGGUCUCAAUACUUGAAGCUGUUGUAAAAUUAGAAAGGAUAAAGUUGGUAAACAUUUUAUAUUCAAUUCUUUUUCUUUAGCUGAUGGACUUCUGCCAGUUUAGCACAUUUUCUAUUAGUAUCUUGGUUUGGAAAACCAAACAGGUAAAAGUUUAUGCAAAAUUUAUUUUGUGUUUAGGAACUACUGAGGAGCAAAAUAAUCCAUGCAAAUGUUGCAGUGAAUUGUUUUACCUUUGAUAAAGGUAAAUCAGACUGUGAAGUUUUUUUAUACUGGAUGACAACUAUGGAAAAGAGUAUUCUUGUUUCCUUAUAUUACGGAGGCAGGAAUUUCCUUUUCAAAAUUGUCACAAAUUAUAGAAGCCACAGUAUUCUAUGAUAUAAUUGUGCAUUUUUUAAAAAGUAGCCAGAACUCAUUAAGGUAAAUUACAAUUCCCAGGUAUAAUUCAUAUUAUACGCAGAGUUGAUGGUUGUACAUAGAAGUGAUUGCUGGUUUCAGUUGCAACUUUUUAUAAAAGGGACUGAGAUUUAUAAACCUUUUUUCUUGUUGUCUUUUUCCUAAAGUAAAAACUAAAAAAUUAUGUACCAAAUCUAUGCAUAUCAUUUUAUAUUGCAUAGAAUAAAAAUUUUAAUCUUUAA